AUGACACCCAGCUCUUGGCCAGACGUAAUUCAAUCAUGGGCCAGUACAAAGCAUAAUUUCAAAUAUGGCAUUGGACCAGUUGACCCAAGAAAAAACAUCUAUAGUUAUACUCAGCUCGUAUGGUACAAUUCGUAUGAGGUUGGAUGUGCGCUUGCUUAUUGCAAAGGGAAGAAUUACCCAUACUUAUAUUCGUGCCAUUUCUGCCCUAGUGGGAACAUUCAAGACAAAAUAGCAACACCCUACAAAGAAGGCCCUCCCUGUGCAGACUGUCCUUCUGACUGUGAUGAUCGACUCUGUACCAAUCCAUGUCCAUAUAAAAACAUUUACAGUGAAUGUGAAACAAUGAAAAACUUUUUUAGUUGUGAAUCAAAAGUUAUGGCUGAGAACUGUCCAGCCUUAUGUAGUUGCCCAAAUCAAAUUGUAUAA